AUGAUAGGAAAAAUCGUGGUUACUUUGGUAUCCCUUAUUCUUGUGGUUGGUGUCGUCAUUGGCAUCGUUGCAGUGCAGCACCAUGAAGACUCCAAGAAUGGCGAGAACACAUCCACUUCAAUGAAGUCUGUUACCACCAUUUGUGCAUCUACCGACUUCAAGGAUGCCUGCGCCAGGAGCCUUGGCCCUGUCGCUAAGAAUUCCAGUGCAACCACCAAGGACUACAUCUUGGCUGCCAUCCAAGCCACCAUCAAUGAGGUCAAGAAAUCAGAGGAAGUGACUAGCAAGCAAUCCGUAGACGCGGAGAAGGACCCAUAUAAUCAUAUGGCAGUGGAGGACUGUAAGGAGUUGUUAAAAUACGCAGUCGAUGAGCUUCAGGCUUCAUUCUCAAUGGUGGGUGAUAGCGAAUUGCACACCCUGAAUGAUCGUGUGAGUGAGCUCAUGAAUUGGUUGUCCGCUGUUUACAGCUACCAAACAUCAUGCCUCGAUGGGGUUGAGAACCCAGAGUACAAGUCUGCCAUUAAAGAUGGCAUGGUUAACGCCACUCAGCUUACCAGCAAUGCAUUGUCUAUUGUUUCCCAGACUUCUGAGAUCCUCAAGGCUUUCAACAUCCCAAAUAUCAACAUCAAGCCCAAUUCUCGCCGUCUUCUUGAAGUGAACGAGAUUGGCCACGACGGCUAUCCAACAUGGUUUUCAACUGCAGACCGCAAGCUCUUAGCUGCACGCCCAGCAUCAAGAGCAAGACCCAACGCGGUCGUUGCAAAGGAUGGCAGUGGACAGUACAGGACCAUUUCAGCUGCGCUUGCUGCAUACCCCAAGAACCUCCGAGGCCGAUACGUGAUCUAUGUUAAGGCUGGAAUCUAUGAUGAAUCUGUCACCGUAACUUAUGACCAGAAAAACGUAUUCAUGUAUGGUGAUGGGCCACUUAGGACCAUCGUCACGGGACACAAAAACUUUGGGGUUAUGAAAAUCACCACCAUGAAUACCGCCACAUUUGCGGCUGUCGGACAAGGGUUCAUUGCCAAGUCAAUGGGAUUCAGGAACACCGCUGGUCCGGUGGGACAGCAGGCUGUGGCACUCCGGGUCCAAUCCGACAUGGCCGCCAUCUUCGACUGCAGGAUCGAAGGGUACCAAGAUACCCUGUACUACCAGGCCCAUCGUCAAUUCUACCGUAACUGCGUCAUUUCUGGCACCAUAGACUUCAUCUUUGGGAAGGGCAGCGCCGUGAUCCAAAACAGUGAGAUCAUUGUGAGGAGGCCAGGUGCCGACCAAAGGUGGAACACCAUAACCGCAGAUGGAAGAGAAACAGAUCGUCAAGUCACUGGAUUAGUUCUCCAAAACUGCAGGAUCGUCCCAGAAAGGGCACUUUUUCCAGUGAGGUUCCAGAUUGCAAACUACUUGGGCCGCCCAUGGAAGCAGUUUUCCACCACAGUUGUGAUGCAGAGCGAGCUGGGUGAUUUGAUACACCCACAAGGUUGGUUCCCAUGGCAGGGUGAGCAUUUUGAGAGCAGUUGUAACUUUUACGAGUUCGCGAAUCGGGGUCCUGGCGCCAGGACUAUUAGAAGGUCCAGAUCAUUUACGAAGUUCCGUGUCCUUGGUCCAAGGGAGGCUUGGAGAUACACUGCUGCCGCUUUUAUUCAAGGAGGCCUCUGGUUGAAAUACACCACUGUGCCUUUCCUUCUUGGCUUGUAA